AGGACUUCUUCCCAAAGAGGAGCUACUCACAAGUGCCAUAGCACACGAAAGGGACAUCCUAGCGAUUCAUCCACCUUCAUCAACCCACCAUGUCUGCCCUUCAGCAAAUCAUCCUGCAUCCUUAUCUGAGCCAGACGCUCCGCUUCUGGUCCACGACGGUAGGACGAGACAAGACCUACCGAACUGUGCAGUACCUUGCCCGAUUCCUGGCAUGGUACGAGUACAGAAAGGGAGCCACAAAGGAGACGGUUGCUCGUUUGACCAACCUGAAGAGCUCUUUGGCUCUGAGCAGGAAGCUGAUGCGAACGGGCAAGUUCCUGGAGCAUAUGCAGGCUGCUCUCAAGGCCGUCUCUAUUCAGGACCCCUUUGUCAGCUACACUGCCCUGGGUAGGCAGGUGAGCUAUGCCGGGUACCUCAUGCUGGACACCUUGCAGUGGGUGCAUGGUUCCAAGGCGUACCAAUUCGCCCCAGACACGUACAAGAAGAUCUCCAAGAACGCCUCUCGCUUCUGGCUCGCCGGCCUCCUCUUCUCCCUCGUAUCUGGCACCUACAAGACCAAUGCCCUGCGCCAACGACGUGCCGCCGCUCUUCGCCCACGAGCCACUUCUGAGAAGGAAGCAGAGAGGAAGGUGGAGCUGCAGCAGAUCAAGAAGGAGGCAAGCAGUGUACAGUGGCAGAUGAUCCAGGAUGCUCUGGACGUCGCCAACCCUGCCACGGGAGCCGAGAUUCUCAACGUCGACGACGGAAUGAUUGGUCUGCUUGGUCUCGGAUCUUCCAUCAUGGGUGCUAUGACCCAAUGGCAGGCAGUCAACGGUGGUGCGGCGGCUGCGAAGAAGUAAAGACGAAGCGCACGAAUCGCUUGCGCUUUGGGGCCAGAAGCGCAAUGCUGUCUAGCCCACCGUGGGAGUUUGAGACACCCGAUU